CAUAAAAGACUUCCUGUUUUUACAGUAGGAGGAGCCAUGUGUAUAGAUAUAAGAGGCACAGUAAGAACAUCACAGGACAGGACAGCACAACCAACAACUAAACAAUCCACACCAGAGGAGAAACAGUCCCAGCCAACAAGAUGGUUCCAGUGUUGAUGUUACUCAUGGCAGCUCUUGUAGCUGCAGAUGAGCCAAUGAUGGAGCUCUCAGAGCCAGCAGAGUCUGUUUCUGUGAUUCACUGUGAUGCUGCUACUAUAUGUCCUGAUGGAACGACAUGCUGUCUGAGUCCUUAUGGUGUGUGGUACUGCUGCCCAUUCUCAAUGGGUCAGUGCUGCAGAGAUGGAAUUCAUUGCUGUCGUCAUGGUUAUCACUGUGAUUCAACUUCGACCCAUUGUUUGAGGGGGUGGUUGAGACUGCCAUCUUCUCCCAAGCCGGCCACCAAAGCUAUCCAGAAACCUCAGGCUGUGCCCUUUGACCAGGCUCUCAAAUGGCAGAGCCAGACUGAGCAGGUUCAUUGUGAUGGAGAUGUCUACUGCCCAACUGAGCAGUUCUGCUGCAAGACAUCAGCUGGCCAGUGGGGGUGCUGCAGCGAGAUGGUGUUGUAAGUAAACAUCCCAUGUGACCUGAGUGCAGCUCUUAUCAAAGACUGCAAAAGUGCAAGAGGCUUUCAAAUGUCACUGUUGAGGAAAAGCAAUAAUAUGCAUCUAAAUUCAAACAAUGCAAAAUAAAAUGAAAUUAAAACUUACA